AAGAUAUCUUGGAAGGUCAUGUAUGUUGGCUUAACCAUGACCCAGGACUAGAGAGGUUGAGACAGGAAGACUGUGAGUUGAAGGUUAGCAUGGUCUACAUAGGGAGACUCUAUCUUAAACAAAAUUAUAUAUGUAUUGGAAGUCACUAUAGUGAUCUAAAGUUAAUGGAAGGACCAGGGACAUAGGCCAGUAGGAGAGGACAUACUCAGUGUUUACAAGGCUCUGGGUUUGAUCCCCUUCAUCAAAGCAAAACCAGAAACCACAAAAUUGGAUGGGAUCAUAGGAUUCUAGGGUGUGAGUAUAAAUGGAAGAGAGAAGUUACCAUAGACAAGUCUUGGGGUGUUACAGUGUUAAGAGGUUGGGAAGACCAAGAAGAAACAGCCAGGGAUGUGGGAGGCAAACUAACUCCUAGUGUAUUUGGAAAGGAAAAUGGGCGUUAUGGUUCCAGGAUAAAAGCUAUAGAUCAAUAUGAUGAUCAUUAGUGAACUUGAUCAGCUCAGUUUAAUGGAGAGGAGGACAAAUGCAUACUCAAUGUGAGUGAACUUGGGAGAGAACAGGAAAGAAGUGGGAGAUGGUGUGCACGACUCGGGGUAUUGUGCUACAACAAAGAUCAGCUGGAGGGUGUUGUGUGUGGAUUCAUGUAGAGGUUUUGUUUUGUUUUUAAGAUGGAGGAAUAACAGCAUUUAUUUAUGCUGAUGGACAGAACCCGGUGGAGAGGAAGCCUGGUGAUGUAGGAUCAAGGAGGAAUGUUGGAGUUGAGUCCCUGACCAGGCAAGGGAGGUCAGAGGCUGGCGUCUCCAGUCAGUGUCUGGGGAGAGACUGGAUUGCACUGAGCCCUGGCACAGAGUCAGGGGUGAGUACCUGUGCCUCGGAUGACUGCUAGGGAGAUACCUCAGAUAGGAGACAGGCCAGGGGCUAGUUUGAAUGUACUGGUUUUCCUCUGAUUCCCAAAAGCAGACUGUAAUUCAGUUCUGAAUAGAUGACCAAUGGAAGAGACAGUAUUUCCUGUGGGGACUGGCCUGAGCAGGGCAUACUCAUUCAGACUGAUCACAGAUGGGCUGGAGGAUAUAGACAGAGCUAGGUAAAGGGGACAAAAUGGGACUGAGAAGAUGCCACCUGUACAAAGCAGUCUGUGGGCUUCCCUUACCUAUGGUCCAUCUAGGGAUCUGAGGCUGCAUUUUGCCAACUCCCAGACUGGGUAAGUGCUAAGCACUGAGGUUAGAACCAUGUUUAGGGCCUUAGUUUUAGCUCUGAGAGGAUUUUAGUGAGUAGGAAAAUGUAUAAAAGUCUUCCUCUCGCUUUGCCUCACCUCAGACUGCUUGGGUAAACCUGGUGGAAGGACUGGACACUGGGGAUGGGGGGAUCGUUUCUCAGGUUCCUGGCAGCAGACCCUGGAUCCAACAAGGAUAACGUGGACACAGGGCUUUCUCCUCUGACCACAUCCACUCAUGCUGGUCUCUGCGUGCCCUUCUGUGUCCCUAGAGGUCAACAGUGUGGGAAGUUGGAACGACCGAGCUGGAUGUAACCCUCAGGACAGAAUGGUGCUGGAUUCAGGGGCUCAGGUGUAUGAGCAGGCACCCCCCAGCCCACCUGCUAGCCCCUCAUCUCAGCGCCAUAGGUUGAAGCCCUCAAACCGAAAUGGGCCACCCUUGUACCCCUGGCCUCAGUCCCUGGCUAUGCCUUUGGCUCUGGCAGUUCCCUCAUCACUACAGUCUCAGCCUAUGUGGCAGACCUUCUCAAAGCUGCACUUGGGAAACCGUAGCCACAUGCGUCGCAGUGAGAGCACCUACAGUGUAAAUAGUACUGGCCAACGGGGGCGAGGCAAAGCGCCACUUGGACGGGGAUGUGAUCCAGGUGGAGGGACCCUACGGCCUGCGGCCUCCUUACCUCACAUUGCUAAGACUCGAAAGUAUGUAGGCAAUGGUAGCAACAAGAGCCCCUGCAUGUUAGUGGCCCUGCGGCCAACCAACAUGGACCAGGAACGGGAGAAAUUCUUCCAGUCCCAUUACACCUACAAUCCACAGUUCGAGUACCAGGAACCGAUGCCAAUGAGUGUGCUGGAGAAGUACCAGGAGGCCUCUGGACAGUUCAUCCAUCAGGCAGUUGGCAUCAUUGAGGCUGUCCUGGAGAAGUUUGGCACUUAUGAACACUUUGAGGCCGCCACAGGGGGCCAGCUGCUGACCAAGUGCCAAAUUUGGUCCAUUGUGCGAAAAUACAUGCAGAAGGAGGGCUGCGUUGGGGAGGUUGUGGUGCAGCUGAGUGAGGACCUGCUGUCCCAGGCAGUGAUGAUGGUGGAGAACAGCCGACCCACGCUGGCCAUCAACUUGACUGGAGCCCGCCAGUAUUGGUUGGAGGGCAUGCUGCGGCAUGAGAUCGGCACUCACUACCUGCGUGGUGUGAACAAUGCCAGACAACCGUGGCACAGCACUGAAGGCAGAUUGCAGUAUGGGCUCCGGCCGGCCAACCCCACUGAGGAGGGCCUGGCCAGCCUGCACAGUGUGCUGUUUAGAAAGCAACCCUUCCUGUGGCGGGCGGCCCUGCUCUACUACACCAUUCACCAGGCCGCGCGCAUGUCCUUCCGCCAGCUCUUCCAGGAUCUGGCCCAAUAUGUGCAGGACGAGGCUGUACGCUGGGAGUACUGUGUCCGGGCCAAGCGAGGACAGACGGAUACUUCCCAGCCAGGCUGCUUCAGCAAGGACCAGGUGUACCUGGAUGGCAUUGUCCGCAUCCUGCGGCACCGUCAGACCAUCGAUUUCCCGCUGCUGACCUCACUGGGCAAGGUCUCCUAUGAAGAUGUGGACCAACUGAAGCCCCAUGGAAUACUAGAUAAUACCCGAGUGCCCCACUUUAUGAAGGACUUGGGACGCUACCGGCAGCAGCUGGAACACAUCAUGACCACCAACCGACUGGACGAAGCAGAGCUGGGCCGCCUGCUUCCGGACUGAUGUUGGCUAAGGAUUAUAGACAGAAGCUCUUGACAGAGGUCUCAGACCGGAAUAUGAAGCUCUUUAUGGUUCUAUAGCCUAGGUGUUUCUUGUGGGGGCGGGGCACUGGGCGACCAGGAGCAUCUUGGGAAGAUGAGAGGCAACGUCAGAAGGUUUUUGUCCUUGCUAGUCUUCCUGGGGCCUGCGAAUUAGCAGCAGCAUGUCACAUAAACUCCUGAACAGGGGAGACCUGGGGAGAGGAGGGGACCUGAGUGUGAAUAGGAAUGUGGGUUGAUUGGGGAAUAGAAACUUGUUCCUGCAUGAGAUGACUUUUGGUGUCUGGUACCGGCCUUUCCCUUCCCCCACCUGGCCUAUUGGUGCUCUUCAGCAUUCAUACCUACCGUCUACCUCUCACUGGGUCUAGUGGGAGUGGGGAUCCCCUCUGAGGUGGCUUGCCUAGGCAUAGGGUCCUGGCUUUCAGUCGGGCUCAGAGACCCAGCUGGGCUGGAAUCCGCGUUUCAGCAUUUUGCUCCUCUCACUGGUCAUGUGUUAUUCCAUGUGUUUGCCUCCAUGCCUCCAUGCAUUAUUCAUGCCUCCAUCGGGGGCUGGGAGGCAGCUGGGCCUGAAAGUUCAGUGGAGGGGACGGGACACUUUGGAAAGGUACCAUUUGUUCCUGGUCCCCCUCUUUAUCACACCAGACAGACACGCUGGACUUCAGGUCUUGUGAGUCCAGCACCUGGCCCCCACCUUCAGCCCCCACCCUCAUCUGGGUUGUGCCUGCCUUUGACCACACCCUCACAGCUGGUCUCUGGCAGUGGUUGGUACAGGCUGGAAGCAACCACAAUCAAGCCUGCAGGUCAGGCCUAUGGGAUUUGUUAUCUUAAGUUCUGAGCCCGUCUCGGGCCAGGAGAAGUACAGAGCUGGUGAAUGCCUCCAUUUUCACGUCUAGAUCCCGCUGUGAGGGAUUGAGCCAGUACUGUUCCUACCCUGGCCUUUUAUUUUCUCAUCUGUGAAGCUUGGAAUCAUAGCUGGGAAGUUCUUAUUCACUGACGUAAAUAGAUAUGUACAGAGCUCCUUGUGUAUGUCUGUGACUGCUUAGACCCCUCACUGAGCUCCCAGUUCAGGGGAAAGCCAGAUAAUUAAACAGCAGUUACAAUGA